AUGCACAAAUCAUAUAUAUCACAUAUAGAUAGAUAUUUUAUUAUUGAAAGAUCUGUUCACCUUGUAAAUGGUUUAUUGGAAAUAGCAUUAGCACAUCGUUGGUUACAAACAACUAUUAGGUGCAUGGAACUUUCUCAACUGUUAGUGCAAGCGAUGUGGAUAAAUGAUAAUCCACUGAUCCAGUUACCUUAUAUAACCAUUGACGUAUUAAAAGCUCAACAAUUAGAGAAAAAAGAAGAGGGUGGGAUAUCAGUUGAGGUGAUCAAUUUGCGAUCAAUAAGACCACUUGAUGUUGACACAAUAGUCAAGUCGGUCAAGAAAACUAAUCGGUUGAUAUCAGUUGAUUCCGGAUUUCCCCAGUACGGGUUUGGCAGCGAGAUAUGUGCUAUAGCUAUGGAAACUGAAAUUUUUGAUUAUUUAGAUGCACCAGUGGAAAGAAUAACCGAUAUUCCUACACCAUACGCAGUAAAUCUUGAAGAUUUAAGUUUUCCUAAUACAAAAGUUAUAAAAAAAGUAGUUAAACGCACUUUAAAUAGGAAAAAAUAA